AUGAGCGUCUCAAAGUCAUAUCCAAAUCACAAUCAAAGCCAAGAUAGCGUCUCUUUGGUGAGCACAGAGAGCGAAACGUUUUCUUCAAAGACCAGUGAGAUUUUAAGCGAAGAUAGUUCGAGUGAUCGGUUUGAGAGAACGUCAGCCAUGAUGCCUCGGAGUGAUUCGACGGGAUUCUCGAAGUCUGGUACACAUUACACGACGCUAAAUAAUGGCUUGUCGCAUAGUUCGACUUUUGAAGAAAACACAGCAGAAGCUUCUUUAUCAAACGCCAUUUCAUUCUCCCCUCCAUCUUUAUCUUCCACCACUCCAGAUCCUUUCUCCUCCUCCUCACCCUUAUCCACCUUAUCGUCUUCUCUCUCCCCCUUUUCUUUAUCUUCACCCUCCUCCACUUCUUCGUUCUCUCCUGCUUCUUCCUCUUCCUCCUACUCUUCUGUGACCUCCUCCGCUUCUGUACCCUCCGUUUCUUCUUCUUCUUCUUCUUCUUCUUCUUCUUCUUCUUCUUCUCUCCUACUCUUUUGUACCCUCCUCCGAUUCUUCUUCUUCUUCUUCUUCUUCUCUAUACUCUCCCGCCUCUUCUUCCCCGUCUUCUUUCUCUGCCUCCAUUGCUUUACCAUCCUCCUUUUCUUCGUCCUCUUAUUUUUCUUCUUCUUCUCUUGCUUCCACUACUGUAUCCUCCUCAUCUUCUUCCUUCACUUCUACGCCCCCCUCGUCUUCUUUAUCACCUUUCUUUUAUUCUUUAUCCUCCCCUCCUCCCUCUUCUUUAUCUUCUUCCGCUGUAGCCUCCUCUCCUUUUUUCCCUUCCUCCUCCUCUUCCCCCUCCUCCUCUCCAGUUUAUUCUUCUUUAUCCUCUUCCUCUUUGUCCUCAUCUUCGUUAUCCUCCGCAACACCCUCUUCAUAUUCAUCUUCCCCCUCCUCUCUUUUAUCGUUCUCUUCCUCAACUUUUUUGCCUUACUCUCCCUCUUCUUCAUUAACCUCCUCCUCCGUGUCGCCCUCUUCAUCUCCUUUGUCCUUCACUACUCCCUCUUCCUUAUUUUCCUCCUCUUUAUCGUUCCCCCGUUCCUCCUCUUCAUCCUCCUACUCCACUUUUUUAGCGGCUUCCUCCUCAUCAACUUCCACCCCCUUAACUUCCUCUUCCUCCUCUUCAUCAUCUUCGUUCUCCUCUCCUUCCUCUUCAUUAUCUUCCCCCUCUUCAUUAUCGUCAUCCCCCUUCUUUUCAUCUUCUUUGGCGUCCACCGCCUCCUCUUCAUCAUUUUCCUCCUCCUCUUCAUCUUCUUCGUUCUCCUCCUCUUCCUCUUCUUUUGCUUCCCCCACCUCCUCUUUAUCGUCUUCCUCUUCUUCGUCUUUGUUUUCCUCCCCAUUAUUGUCCUCCUCUUCAUCUUUAUCUUCUGCCCACUCCUCUCCAUUAACUUCCUCCUCUUCCUCCCCCUCUUUACCAUCCACCUCUUUAAUGUCCUCCUCUUUAUCUUCCUCCUCCUCUUUAUCGUCUUCAACUUCAUCGUCUUUGUUUUCCUCCCCUUCCUCUUCAUUAUCUCCUCCCUCCUCCUCUUUAUCAUCUUCGUCUUCUUUUUUUUCUUCUUCUUCCGCUUUGUCCUCAUCCCGCUCUUCAUUAUCCUCCGCUUCCUUAUUAUCAUCGCCUUCUACCUUUCUUUCCUCUCUUUCCACCAAUGUGUCCCUAUCACCAUUACUAACAGCCCCUCCGUUACCAGUCCAAGCGGCAACGCCCUUUUCUAG